AUGUGGCCUGAUAUAAUACGUUUGGGUCUUGUACGUAUAUUUUAUCCGUGUUUAAUGAUAUUUGGUACAAUUGGUAAUAUAUUAUGUUUAAAAAUUCUUUUACGAAAACGUUUUCGUCGUCAAUCAACAUGUCAAUAUUUAUGUAUUAUUGCUGUUAUUGAUAUUCUAUUUAUUUAUAUGAGAUCAGCAAGAUAUUUAUAUCGACAAAUAUUUCGUCUUGAUUUACGUAAUACAUCAUUAUGGAUAUGUCGAUCAUUUAUAUUUUUUUCAUCGACACUUUCACAUUUAGCUUCAUGGAUACUUGUUGUUGUUAGUUUUGAUAGAUAUUUUAUUAUGAAAAAUUUUUUUUCAUAUCGUCGUGCUGGUUGGCGUGUGAUUAAAUCAACAUGCAUUCUUAUUAUUAUUGUAUGUAUUGUUAAUACACAUUAUUUUUACAUUUUAGGUAGUAAUAUAACUUUACGUAUUCCAAUUUCUCACAAACAUAUAAAUAAUUCUAAUGAAACUUAUCAUGUAACAAAACGUUUUGUAUGCAUAGCAAGUGCAGAAUUUCAGAAAUUUUUUGGUUUAUAUUUACCAAUAUUUGAUUUACUUUCUGUAGCUAUUAUUCCAUUUUUUCUAAUGAUAUUUACAAAUAUAGGUAUAAUACGUACAACAAAACAUACAAGUAUGUUAUUAAAAUCACGAAAACAAAGACGAAAUAAUCGUCUUACAAUCAUGUUAUUAUCAGUUAUAUUAGCAUUUAUGCUUUUAACAUGCCCAUCAGUUAUAUACAUAUGUAUAAAUCGUAUAAAUGGUUUAAAACCAUCAAAAACAUUUUCUAAUACAAAAUUAGUUAUAAUUGAUUUACUUGAAGCAUUAUGGUAUACAAAACAUGCAUUAAAUUUUAUAUUAUAUACAUUAAGUGGACAAGAUUUUCGAAGAGAAUUUCGAAAAUUAAUAUCAUGUUCAAAACGAACAACAUCAAAUACAUUACGAUAUCAACGACGACAACAAAAAAAAGAAAAUAAUUGUAUGUCAAUGAACACUUAUAAUUCAUCUCGACAAUCACCUUCAAUUAAUGUUCAUUUACAUAAAUUGAAGAAAAAACGACAAUACUAUAAUGGAAAUACUCAAUCAACAAAUAUAUAUUCAAAGACAAUAAAAAAUAAAAUAAUCGAUGAUAGAGAGAGUACUAGUGAUGGUGAAUGUGGUUUAUUUUCUGCUAGUUCAAAUGUCGUAUCACCGGUAGUACCGUGA